GUCUACUAAAUGACUCAAAUAAUAAUAAUAAUAAUAAUAAGAAGAAGAAGAAGAAGAAGAAGAGUGAUAAUGUGUCAACAUCAUACCUUAUGUUCUUAGUGCAAGCUGCAUUGUGACACCCAUGGAAAGAAUUCUGAGAGUGGGACAAACCCUCCUCUUCUGAGAACCCCCCGACUCCCUUGGGUUGCCUGGCUUACAGCUCUGUUAGUUUAGUAGAAAUCACAUUAACAUGUUAUUUUGUUUCUCUCUUCCAAGGCCUUGUACAGUCCAGCACACACACAUACGCUGUGGCUGUUUCCGACCUGGCGUGGUCUGUGCUGUUUUCACCAAAGAAGCUGAACCUGUGGACUUCUGUAAAAUAAUGUCUGACCUUAUGGUGGUACUGGCUGCACUGAAUUCGAGAAAAAAACAGAGGAGGUUUUAUCCCCGAAACAGAGUUUACCGGCCUCGGAUAUCCUUUCUCAGUCUGACUGAAGAACAAGUCUUUGACCGCUUUCGUCUGAAUAAGCAGUUCAUAUAUGACUUGUGCGAGGAGUUAAAGGGGGAUUUGGAGUGUCACCGAAACAGCAAUUAUGCUUUGCCCGUGCCGGUAAAAAUGACUUCUGCCCUCACGUUCUAUGCCACCGGUAGUUUCCAGAACGCGGCCAGCGGCUCGACUGGAAUCAGUCAGGCGUCUAUGUGUAAAAGCCUCUCUGAGGUCACAGAGGCCUUGGUUAGAAGAGUGAAGAAGUAUAUCUGCUUCCCUAUGAGCCCUGGGCAAAUGCAGAAAACCAAAGAGGAGUUUUACAAGGUCACGCAGUUUCCAAACGUCCUGGGUGUUAUUGACUGUACACACGUUGGCAUCAGGGCCCGCACCGAAAACGAGCCCGCUUUUAGAAACUCCAAGGGAUUCCACUCGGUGAACGUGCAGGUAGUGUGUGACGCCAAGAACAUCAUAACCAACGUCCUUGCAAACCACCCUGGGUGCGCUGACGACGCUUACAUUUUAUCAAAGUCUCGUUUAACAGAGAUAUUUGAGACGGAAAUUACCAGUAACUGCUGGCUUGUUGGUGACAGCGACUAUGACUUGAAGCCUUGGUUGAUGACCCCCAUUCCUAACCCCGAGAGUCCAGCGGAACACAGGUACAACGAGGCACACCAGCUUACUCAUGCUGUCAUUGACAAGACCAAGAGCAUCUUAAAGACUCGGUUCAGGUGCCUGGAUCGUUCUAAAGGGGUUCUCCAGUACAGUCCCAAAAAGGUCUGUCAGAUAUUUUUGGCUUGCUGCGUUCUGCACAAUAUAGCAACUCAGCACAACAUCUUAGUAGAUGUCGACGAAGGCAUGGAAACCCCAAACGAGGACGAGGACUUGAGCCCGGUACUGGAUGAAGAGGAAGAGCUGCCUGAGGAAAACGCCUCGAGCGAGGCUGCAAGCAUCAGAAUGGAGCUCGUUAGAGAACAUUUCUCAUAGAACAGGUUCGCCAGUAGUCUUCUCUCUAGUACUCUUUCAGACUUUAGUCAGCAGAGCAUUGUGUCCUUGGAAGGUAUGUGUUCUUAAUAAGCCCUACCCUUUUGCCGGACAGUCCAGGGCAGUCUUGGCUGGUGAGAGAAGGUAAGAGGAGGUCUGAGCUCUGCAUGUGAAGAAGGCUCCUGCAUCUGGUCUAUCCAAUCACUCCUUCCGCAAUCUUUGGGAAUACUGAUGCAUACUUACCCAUGUGCCCCUGUAAGAACAGUGUUUUGGACCCACACUUGUUUCUUUGCUCUUACCAUAAUGGCCAAUGGUGUAAUUUCAGUGAAUACCUUGUUAAAUAAAGUUCAACUGUUAUUUAA